AUGUCGAACCAGCACACUCAAAAGACCUACACCCUCAACACCGGUGACAAGAUCCCCGCCAUCGGUCUGGGUACUUGGCAAUCCAAGCCCAAUGAGGUUCGCGUCGCUGUCAAGGAUGCCUUGCUGAAGGGUUACCGCCACAUUGACACUGCUCUCGCCUACGGCAACGAAGCCGAGGUUGGUGCCGGUAUCAAGGACUCCGGCGUUCCCCGCAAGGACAUCUGGAUCACCACCAAGCUCGAUAACACCUGGCACCACUGCGUGGAGAAGGGCAUUGCCUCCUCUCUCAAGGACCUCGAUGUCGAGUACAUCGACCUGUACCUGGUGCACUGGCCCAGCUCCACCGACCCCGAGGACAAGUCCAAGCACCUCCCCGACUGGAACUUCAUUAAGACCUGGCAAGAAAUGCAGAAGCUCCCUGCCACCGGCAAGGUCCGCAACAUCGGUGUCUCCAACUUCGGCAUCCAGAACCUCGAGAAGCUCCUUAACGACCCCAGCACUAAGAUCGUCCCUGCCGUUAACCAGAUCGAGCUGCACCCCAACAACCCAUCCCCCAAGCUGGUUGCCUACAACACCUCCAAGGGCAUCCACUCUACCGGUUACUCUUGCCUCGGCUCUACCAACUCCCCUCUCUACAAGGAUGCUACCUUGUUGAAGAUUGCUGAGGACAAGGGCAAGACUCCUCAGCAGGUUUUGCUCGUCUGGGGUAUCCAGAAGGGCUGGAGUGUUAUUCCCAAGUCUGUUAGCAAGUCUCGCAUCGAGGGCAACUACGACAUUGAUGGAUGGACUCUCACUGAUGAGGAGAUUCACCAGCUGGAUAACCUUAAGGAUCGCUUCAAGGUCUGCGGCGAUGCUUGGUUGCCUGUCAAGGUCUUCUUUGGUGAUGACGAAUAA